AUGAAAGUGAAUCCUGGAGUUCGCGCCCCCUAUUAUUUUGUUGAUUUAGCUUCGAACGAUGCAAUAGACAUAUCGAAUACAGUGCGUUUGGAAGAAGAAGGAUGGAAUGGACUUUGUGUUGAACCAAAUCCUGUAUAUUGGUAUCGUCUGGCACAUCGGAAAUGCCGUAUGGCUGGAACAUUUGUUGGGGGGAAUGUUGAUGGUGCGCCUGUAGAUGUCACGCUGGAAAAUAAGGCAUUCGGAGGAAUCGUUGGUGACGAAAUGGACAAUAAACCCUCAUCUGGUGCCGUUAUCCAGAAGCGUUUCACUAUCAGCAUCAAAACGUUGUUUGAGUCAUUUGCAGUACCCUCUACAAUCAAUUACAUGUCGUUAGACGUAGAAGGUGCCGAAGAAAUCAUUUUGGAAAGUUUCCCUUUCGAUUCUUAUCGCAUUUGCAUUCUGACAGUUGAACGGCCAAACCUCAAUGUGCAAGCAACCCUGAAGUCACAUGGCUACCUUUUCGUCUCCACGUUAAUGUAUUUUGGAGAAACACUGUGGAUCCACCAGAGUAUUCUAUCAAUUCUUGACAUGUCAAGGAUUCUGACUAUUGUGGCUACUCUGCGAAAAAACAAACGACCCAAAAAGGGAGAACUUGUAUUCGACAUGGAAUCAGGAGUAAAUCAUGUGUUCGAUGGAAUUUGA